AUGGCAAGCAGGUACGACGACGACCUCGCAUACGGAGACUACUAUCACGGCCAAGGUCAAGACGAAGGAGGCGAGCGAGGCAUAGUUGGAGACAUCUAUAAACGCUUUCGAGGAAGACAGUCCCAGCAGCAGCAACCUAACGUCCCCGCACCCUACAACCCUCAAUCAUCGGAGGAUCCAUAUCAGUACCACUACCAGCCUCAGAAGCCCACAUCAAGCGGCGGCAUGUCCUUCCUCUUCGACAAGCUGCACGGCGCUGUGCACGGAGUUGGCGCCGAACUCAAAGACAGAUUGGCUGCCCGCGAAGAGACUCAUGGACACACACAUCCAAGCGGGCAAUGCAGCGACGGCACCCACGACCACCACGCGGAAAACCGCUUCCACAGCUUUGCUCCACAGCGUGAGGGAAACGAAAUCAAGUGGUAUGUUGACGCUUGCGGAUACAUGUGGGCCGUGUCCAUAGCACUGGAGCAAGCCAGGGAAUCGAUAUGGAUUCUGGACUGGUGGCUGUCGCCGGAGUUGUAUCUUCGUCGGCCUCCGGCGAAGCAUGAGCAAUACAGGGUAGACCGAAUGCUGCAGGCUGCCGCCCGGCGAGGAGUCAAGGUCAAUAUUAUAGUCUACAAAGAAGAGACGAAUCCGCUGAUCGCUCCGCCUGUUACAGUAUCGUCCUCGCACACCAAGCAUGCUCUGGAAGACCUACAUCCCAACAUCGCAGUCUUCCGGCACCCUGACCAUCUCCCGGAUCGCCAGACCAUCGCUGCCGACUUCUUGGCGUCAUUCCAGUCAAUGAACCUCACCGCUGCCAAUGCUGCUAAGAUGCCACUGAGCGCACUGCAAGGGCUCUACGGUCAGACUGAGGGAACGGUCCUGUACUGGGCUCACCACGAAAAGCUGUGUCUUGUCGACGGUAAGACCGCCUUCAUGGGAGGACUGGACCUGUGCUACGGGCGUUGGGACACGAACCAGCACGCCAUCGCCGACGCCCACCCCGGCAACCUCGACGACAUUGUUUUCCCCGGCCAGGACUACAACAACGCGAGGGUGAUGGACUUUCAAGAUGUCAAGAACUGGCAAAACAACAAGCUCGACCGGACGAAGAACUCACGCAUGGGCUGGUCUGAUGUGUCCAUCUGCAUAAGCGGCCCGGCGGUCCAGGAUUUGCAGAACCACUUCGUCCAGAGGUGGAACUUCAUCUACGCUGAGAAGUACACUGUUCGAAAAGACGCCAGAUACGCGCCCCUUACCUUCCCGGGAACUGUCAGCGGUUACGGCGACGGCGCGCCUCCGGGAGCGUUUCCCUCAUAUUCCGAACAGAGUUACCGAGGAGUGGAAGGUGAAGAAUUUGGCCGCGAGCGAAGUUACGGUGGUGACUAUGAAAGCUCCCGGCGUGGUUAUGAUGAAGAGUACGACAGCCGCGGCCGUGGCUAUGGCGAUGAGUAUGAGAGCCGUGACCGUGGCUAUGGUGAUCCGUACGAAGGAGGACAAGACCGUAACUUCAGACGCGAAGCUUACGAAAGGGGUGAGCGGGCGCUCUUCCAUGGCCACGAGGGCGGCAUCCGCGACAGGCUCAAGGAUCGGCUUGGCGAAGAACUUCAGGGGAGACAUGAUCAUCUGGGUGUCGGCCGUCGCACAGGCUCUCGCCCGGCUACAGCUGGUGCACGUGGCCCCGCUGCCAUACAGUUGACCAGGAGUAGUGCGAAAUGGAGUCAUGGUAUCGUUGUCGAGCACUCAAUCGCAAACGCAUACAUGGAGGUCAUCCGCAACAGCCAGCAUUUCAUCUACAUCGAGAACCAGUUCUUUAUCACCGCGACUGACGACAAGCAGAAGCCCAUCAAAAACAAGAUCGGAGCCGCCAUCGUCGAGCGCAUCCUACGCGCCGCACGGAACGGCGAGAAGUACAAGAUGAUCGUCAUGAUGCCCGCCGUUCCCGCCUUCGCCGGCGACCUCAAGAGCGAUGAUGCGCUGAGUACCCGUGCGAUCAUGGAGUUCCAGUACACUUCCAUCAACCGAGGCAACGGACACAGCAUCAUGGAGUCCAUCGCUAGGGAGGGCUUUGACCCGACACAGUACAUUCGCUUCUACAACCUUCGGAGCUACGACCGCAUUAACGUUAGUGGUGCCAUGAAGGCGGCGGAGCAGCAGAGCGGAGUCUCGUAUGAAGAGGCAAGACAGAAGCACGAUGAGGCAUACGCAUACGGUGCACAGGAGGGAUACGGCCAGCCCGCUCCGUACGAGAUGGAGGGCGGAUACGGCCGGGGCGACGCCUACCAAGCGUACCAGCAAGGUGCUGCACAAAUAGGCAACCGCAAAGGACUAGGAAGCGGCCGCUGGGAUUCCGUCAGCGAAUGUUACAUGCUUGGCGGCGAAGACAUUCGCAAUGUGCCCUGGGAGGGCGGCAACAUGGAUGAGAUCGACGCGUUCGUGAGCGAGGAGCUGUACAUCCACUCAAAGCUCCUCAUCGCCGACGACCGCGUCGUAAUCUGCGGCAGCGCAAACCUAAACGACCGCUCCCAACUCGGCGACCACGACUCCGAGAUCGCCGUCGUAAUCGAAGACCCGACGCCCUGCGACUCCCUCAUGAACGGGCGGCCCUGGCGCGCCUCCCGCUUCGCCGCCUCGCUCCGCCGCGAGAUCUUCCGCAAGCACCUCGGCCUCGUGCGGCCGCAAAACUACGAGGUCCCCGACGCGAACUACGAGCCCGUCGGCGCGCCGAACCUAUAUGACUGGGGCAGCGAGGAGGACCGACUCGUCACGGAUCCGCUGGACGAUGGGUUCCUGCAUUUCUGGAAUCGGCGCGCGAAGAUCAACACGGAUGCGUUUGCGAGGUUGUUUCAUCCCGUGCCGUAUGAUGGCGUCAGGAACUGGAAGCAGUAUGAGGAGUUUUAUGGGCGGUUUUUUAGCCCGCCGAAGGAUGAGAAGGGCAAGGAGAAGAAGCCGAGUAGGUACCAGUGGGGGCAUGUUGUGGCGGAGGAGUUUGGGGGGGAUGUCAGGGCCGUCAAAGAGGAGUUGGCGAAGAUUAGGGGGACGCUUGUUGAGAUGCCGUUGUUGUUUCUCAAGGAGGAGGAUAUCGCGCAGGAGGGGCUCGGGCUGAAUGCAUUUACGGAGGAUGUGUAUACGUAG